AUGACUGGAGUUAUAGAAGUGAAAUUGUUCGAUGUGUGGGGAAUCGACUUCAUGGGACCUUUUUCGUCAUCCUUCAGCAAUAGGUACAUUUUGCUGGCUGUGGGAUAUGUGUCUAUAUUGGUAGAGGUAGGAGCAACUCCUACUAAUGAUGGAAAGUAUGGAGUUCAUCAUCAUACCGCUUUGGCCUACCACCCUCAAGCUAAUGGGAAAGCUGAAGUAUCAAACCGAGAAAUCAAAAGCAUGCUCGAAAAGACUGUCAAUACUUCAAGGAAAGAUUGGUCAAAGAGGCUCGAUGAUUCACUCUGGGCUUAUCAGACAACAUUUAAAGCUACAAUAGAGAUGUCACCCUAUCUGUUGGUAUUUGGGAAAGCAUGUCAUUUGACAGUGAAAUUAGAGCAUCAGGCAUACUGGACUGUUAAGAAGUUAACUAUAGAUUUGUUUAUGGCAGGACAAAAUAGACUCAUGGAAUUAAAUGAGUUGGAUGAAUUCUGCAACGAGGUUUAUGAGAAUGCGAAGAUAUAUUAG